CUUAACGUUCCAGCUUGGUGGUGUUCGGCCGGGUGCAUACGAGCACUGGUAUGCCUCUUGAGAAUCCCCGAAUACUAUUUCCUCUGUUCAAUGCAUAUACGCCUUGCCAAUGGCGUCUACAGCUUCAGAAGAGGAGCUCGUCGACGUGCUGGUCAAUUUUGUCGAAUACAGCACGUAUCCCACAUCUGAACAUGUGGCUUCAGCGAGCCUUCCAAACAGUGCGUUGCCACCAUUGCUAAAUGGCAUACGCAAGGGACAGGAGUCUAUAAAGGCCGAACUGCGCGAACUUAGUCGUAACACUGCUGGCGAUUUGGACGGUUGGAUUUCGCAGGCCAAACAACUGCAACAUGAUAUAGAAGAGUCCAAAGUCACUGCAAAAAAGAUCUUGCAAGAGGAGGCAAGAUGCGAGGAACUGUACGAGAAGGAGCAGGAUGCGGCGAGCAAGGCGAAUCUUCUGCGCAAGGAGCUCGAUUUCAACGAAACAUUGAUCGGGGCUCUUGAGCAGAUAAAAAUCGCAACUGGAUUGCUCGAUAAAGCCAAAGACGCCGAAUCAGAGAACGAACUUCUUCUGGCCGUGAAGGAGUUGGACAACUCGCAGAAGGUCACUGCCCAGUUGGACAGCUUGCAGAGCUCACGUUUUGGUGGGCUGCUCUCGAGACGUACUGCGCAGGUCAAGGACGGACUCAACGCAAAAAUCACAAAAACUUGGGCUACAUUGGUUCAAUGCAAUCACGAAGAGAGGAAAAUUAUUAUCUCCAAUGAGCUGGACGCAAGUGGUGGGCAAGUGAACCUCGACGACACGAUCGCGGCAAUGCAAGAGAUAGGCAGCUUGGAGACACACUUGUCGCGAUUUUAUCGCGAAUUGGAUACACUCAUUAUCGGCCCACGCUUCUCUCCAGCUGCAGAUGGUUCGAAUGCCGAGCUUUAUGUCAAGCAGGGCGAGAUUUUGGUCUCUGGUCGUAGCGAGAACCGCUCUUUGGAAGUUCUCGCAGGCGAUGCCAAGAAGCUCAUCUUGUUCCUACAGGAAUGCUUUCCAGAGGAGGCAUUCAAAGUGCUCCUGGAAAAGCUUCUACCAAAUUUCUUGGUGCAGCUAGUCAACGAGCAACUUGAUCCCUCUGUGCCUGUUACAGUGAACUACCUUGUCAGCUACGGACCUUCUUUGGAACAUAUUCAAAGCUUGGCGGCCUUCAUCGAGAAACUUGGAGUUGACGUUCCAAGCGAUGGUGACUUGUCGCAAUGGAUUGAUCGACUCCCCCAAAACUGGCUUUCGAGACGACGAGAAGGUGCUUUGGAUGCAUUGAGGACGGCGUGCUACGAUGCAGUAAAUAUCUCAAAAAUUUCAGAGAGAGUAGAAACACAGAUGAUAGCGAGUGACGAUGUAAUAGUCACAGGCGAACAAAAGGAUGAGACUUGGAACGACGACUGGAAUGAGGAUGACGAAAAAGCAGUGAACGAUCAGGACACUUCGGGCCCAUCGAAAGCUGAUGGGGAUGGCGAGGAGGCAGAAGGAUGGGACUGGGAUGAUGGAGAUGAGAAUGACUUGGCUGAACAAGACCAGCAGGCACGUGAAUCUGGAAAAGCAAAAAAUGACGAUGAGGAUGCUGAGGGUUGGGGCUGGGGUGAUGAUGAAGUCGAUCAUCCCCAAGACAAAGCUGCAGAAUCGGCGCCAUCCAAGACCCAAGUACCAUCAAGAUUGCCCCAGUCAGGGGAACAAGAAAACAAAUCCUCAGGAAGCCCAAGGCCUAUCACUCAGCAAGAAAUAACUCUUCGCGAAACAUUUCGAAUUUCAGCAAUACCCGACACACUUCUUGAUCUUAUUAAUAAGGUCCUUCAAGAUGCCUCGGACAUCUCGCAACCAGAGUUUCCCAUUGCUGAAAUUGCUGCUGCAGUUGCCGCACUCUCCCCGAUUCCAACACUUCUUCUCGCCCUCUAUAGAGCAACAGCUCGUUCAUUCUACUCACGGAGCCCAGUAGCGGAUAUACUCAUCUACAACGACUCCACAGAGCUUGCGAGACGGCUGGAGCGUUUACUUGAAGAGCUUCCUUCAGAUCAUCCACUCGCACGUCGUCUACCAAGAGCUAUCGAAUCAGAAAUUAAGAACUUAGAGUCCUUCUCAAGACUUGCGUAUGGCCGAGAAAUGGACUCGCAACGAACGAUUUUGUCGGAUUUGCUAUCGUCAACGUCCGGCUUUGAGAACUGCACUAACCCGGUCAAUGCACGUGAAUAUCAAAGCGCACUUGAUGACGUCGUCUCGAGAUUGAGAGAGAUUGACGCUCUGUGGAAAGACGUUCUCUGCGAAUCGGCGAGAAAACAAUCUAUUGGUGCAUUAAUCAGCCACGUCAUCCGCAAAGUCGUACAGGACAUUCUCGAGCUCGCUUCCGAACCAGCAGGUAUCUCUGAACCUGAAUCGAAGCAACUGAAAAUCUACAUCGACAAUAUCGCCAAGCUCUCUGAUCUCUUCAACGUCAUCUCGCCAGAUGGUGAGGAGCGAUCUUUGGUGCACGUGUAUACUCCUUCAUGGCUGCGCUUCGUAUAUCUCGGUGAGAUUCUAGAGGCUAGCCUUGCGGACAUCAAGUUCCUGUGGACGGAAGGCGAGCUGAGUCUAGAGUAUGAAUCAGACGAGGUGAUAGAACUCAUUCAAGCAUUGUUUGCAGAGAGUGAGCACAGAAAGGAAGCAAUAAGGGAGAUCAAGAAGAGUGCCAGAAUGAGCGGCGAGUUCGGAAGGUAGCCAGUAGAUGACCAUAGAAAUCGAGGGGAUAUCCAAAAGCAUUGUUUAUCAUUCCAAAUGCGUAUGGACUUUCAAACUGGAAUACAUUCACUCUUCUGUGACAUCGAUAGAUCAAAAAAGCAGCGGGGCAUCUGCAGAGUAAUGAAUCCAUUACGUUCUGGCAGCCACUAUCGCUAGGAGUCACGUAUUAGCAUAUUGUUGGAAUACUUGCACCUU